CUCAAGUUUUCACACUACAGUAUUCAUUGUCGGAGAAGAACAGGCUCCCCACUUCUCUCUCUCUCUCUCUCUCUCCACAAAUUUCUCUCUCUAGACUCUGCCUCACCUCCUCAUCAUCUGUCAUUUUCUGUGCGUGUAAGCUGUGUGUCUUCUUUUACAGAAUCAGCAACUGAAGAAACCACCCAAAAACUGUAAAAACCCAAAAGGCUCUGCCUUUCUUUACUCUCCCAGACAUAUGUUCAAUUGAAUUCAAUCAAAACAAACAAUUCUAGAGAGAGAAAAACAGAGCUCCAAAGUUUUAGAGAGAGAGAGAGAGAGAUAAAGCAAGCAAUGUCACAAGAUUCUGAGGAGAUAAAGACGGUUGAGCAGUGGAGGUGGUCUGAAAUGCAAGGCCUUGAACUCGUGUCAUCACCACCAAAAACAACAACAGCUAGAGACACAGAAGGAAAAGUAUUUGAAGAGAGAGAAAACAGGGGAGGAGAGAGAAGAGAUAUGGAGGAGGUUUCUGAGGUGAAGAGAGAUGGUUCUUCUCUUCCUUCAACUGGGUUUGGUGAGCUUUUCAGGUUCGCAGAUGGGUUGGACUAUGUUUUGAUGGCAAUUGGGACUGUUGGUGCCAUUGUUCAUGGCUCUUCGUUGCCUCUGUUUCUUCGAUUCUUCGCCGAUCUUGUGAAUUCUUUUGGGUCUAAUGCGAACAACAUUGAUAAGAUGACACACGAAGUUAUCAAGUAUGCGUUUUACUUCCUUGUUGUUGGGGCUGCAAUAUGGGCAUCUUCAUGGGCAGAGAUUUCGUGUUGGAUGUGGACUGGAGAGAGACAAUCGACGAAAAUGAGGAUUAAGUACUUAGAAGCAGCUCUGAAUCAAGACAUUCCAUUUUUUGAUACAGAGGUCCGAACUUCCGAUGUCGUUUUCGCCAUUAACACUGAUGCAGUGAUGGUUCAGGACGCCAUUAGCGAGAAGUUGGGGAAUUUUUUACAUUAUAUGGCAACAUUUGUGUCUGGAUUUGUGGUGGGUUUCACUGCUGUUUGGCAAUUAGCACUUGUCACUCUUGCUGUGGUUCCUCUCAUUGCUGUAAUUGGAGGUGUCCACACCACCACAUUAGCUAAGCUCUCUUCCAAAAGCCAAGAAGCUCUUUCUGAAGCAGGAAACAUUGCAGAACAGACAAUAGCUCAAAUUAGGACAGUUUUGGCAUUUGUUGGAGAAUCAAGAGCAUUGCAAGCAUAUUCCUCGGCGUUGAAGGUAGCACAGAGGCUCGGUUACAAGAGUGGAUUUGCAAAGGGAAUGGGAUUGGGAGCAACAUACUUCACUGUUUUCUGUUGCUAUGCACUUCUUCUCUGGUAUGGGGGUUAUCUGGUUCGGCACCACUACACCAAUGGCGGACUUGCCAUAGCCACAAUGUUCGCUGUUAUGAUCGGUGGCUUAGCAUUAGGACAGUCGGCUCCAAGCAUGGCUGCGUUUGCCAAGGCUAGAGUUGCAGCGGCGAAAAUAUUUCGUAUAAUUGAUCAUAAACCGGACGUUGAGAAGAACAGCGAAUCGGGUUUGGAGUUAGACUGUGUCACCGGGCAGGUUGAGCUGAAGAACGUUGAUUUCUCCUACCCAUCGAGGCCAGAAGUUCAAAUUCUUAAUGAUUUCUCGCUAAUUGUUCCUGCUGGAAAAACUAUAGCUUUGGUUGGAAGCAGUGGCUCUGGCAAGAGCACUGUGGUUUCCCUCAUUGAGAGAUUCUAUGAUCCUACCUCAGGGCAAGUUCUGUUGGAUGGGCAUGACAUAAAGGCAUUGAAGCUGAAAUGGCUGAGGCAGCAAAUUGGGCUAGUGAGUCAAGAGCCUGCUCUGUUUGCCACCACCAUUAAAGAAAACAUACUAUUGGGUCGGCCCGACGCAACACUAGUUGAGAUCGAAGAAGCCGCCAGAGUUGCCAAUGCCAAUUCAUUCAUCAUCAAGCUUCCUGAUGGCUUUGACACUCAGGUAGGGGAGAGAGGCGUUCAACUCUCGGGCGGGCAAAAGCAGAGAAUAGCCAUAGCAAGGGCAAUGCUGAAAAACCCCGCAAUCUUGCUUUUAGAUGAGGCAACAAGUGCAUUGGAUUCUGAGUCAGAAAAGCUAGUGCAAGAGGCUCUUGAUCGGUUCAUGAUUGGGAGAACAACUCUUGUCAUUGCACACCGCCUCUCUACUAUCCGAAAGGCCGACCUUGUGGUUGUACUCCAACAGGGCAGCGUGUCAGAAAUUGGAACUCACGAGGAGCUUAUGGCCAAAGGAGAAAAUGGUGUUUAUGCAAAGCUCAUACGGAUGCAGGAAACAGCUCAUGAAACCGCUCUCAAUAAUGCCAGAAAAAGUAGUGCAAGGCCUUCGAGUGCCAGGAACUCAGUGAGCUCGCCAAUAAUUGCCCGAAACUCCUCCUAUGGUCGAUCACCAUACUCACGCCGCCUAUCUGACUUCUCCACUUCAGACUUUAGCCUCUCCCUCGAUGCAUCCCAUCCCAAUUACCGGCUUGAAAAGCUCGCAUUCAAAGAGCAAGCGAGUUCCUUCUGGCGCCUGGCAAAAAUGAACUCUCCUGAAUGGGCUUAUGCCCUCGUCGGCUCUAUAGGCUCCGUUGUUUGUGGUUCCCUCAGUGCCUUCUUUGCAUACGUUCUGAGUGCUGUCCUAAGUGUUUACUACAAUCCAGAUGAUGCACACAUGAUCAGAGAAAUUAGAAAAUACUGCUAUCUAUUAAUUGGGGUUUCAUCAGCUGCGCUGCUCUUCAACACGCUGCAACAUUUCUUUUGGGAUGUGGUCGGAGAAAACCUUACCAAACGAGUGAGGGAGAAAAUGCUGGCAGCGGUGCUGAAAAAUGAAUUGGCGUGGUUCGAUCAGGAGGAGAAUGACAGUUCUAGAAUUGCAGCCAGGCUUGCUCUCGAUGCCAACAAUGUUAGGUCUGCUAUUGGAGACCGCAUUUCAGUGAUCAUGCAGAAUUCAGCGCUCAUGAUUGUUGCCUGCACUGCGGGAUUCGUUUUGCAGUGGCGGCUAGCUCUUGUCCUCAUCGCUGUCUUUCCUGUUGUUGUUGCAGCCACUGUCCUCCAGAAAAUGUUCAUGCAAGGUUUCUCCGGAGACCUAGAAGCAGCCCAUGCCAAAGCCACACAACUGGCAGGAGAGGCCGUAGCCAACGUAAGAACUGUCGCUGCCUUCAAUUCAGAAUUGAAAAUCGUCAGUCUUUUUACCAACAACCUUGAAACACCACUCCGGCGCUGCUUCUGGAAAGGACAGAUUGCUGGAAGUGGCUAUGGAAUAGCCCAAUUUGCACUCUAUGCUUCCUAUGCCCUUGGCCUUUGGUACGCCUCAUGGCUUGUAAAGCAUGGAAUAUCCGAUUUUUCAAAGACAAUCCGAGUUUUCAUGGUCCUCAUGGUCUCCGCCAACGGAGCAGCCGAGACAUUGACUCUAGCCCCUGAUUUCAUCAAGGGCGGUCGAGCCAUGCGGUCAGUGUUCAACCUUCUUGACCGCAAAUCUGAAAUUGACCCUGAUGAGAAGGAUUCGACCCCAGUUCCUGAUCACCUACGUGGGGAAGUGGAAUUCAAGCACGUCGACUUUUCUUACCCUUCACGUCCUGAUGUGCCAAUUUUCCGAGACCUCAAUCUCCGUGCACGAGCUGGCAAGACUCUCGCUCUCGUCGGUCCUAGUGGAUGUGGUAAGAGCUCGGUCAUCGCUCUGAUAGAGCGAUUCUAUGAGCCAUCUUCUGGGCGAGUCAUGAUUGAUGGGAAGGACAUUCGAAAGUACAAUUUAAAGGCAUUGCGACAACAUAUUGCGCUCGUGCCACAAGAGCCAUGCCUCUUUGCCACAACCAUUUACGAAAACAUUGCUUAUGGGCACGAAUCAGCAACCGAAGCUGAGAUAACUGAAGCAGCAACUUUGGCAAAUGCGCACAAAUUCAUAUCGUCAUUGCCAGACGGUUACAAAACAUUUGUUGGGGAGAGGGGAGUUCAAUUGUCCGGGGGACAAAAGCAAAGAAUUGCGGUUGCUCGGGCCUUUUUAAGGAAAGCAGAACUAAUGUUACUUGACGAAGCCACGAGCGCACUUGAUGCUGAGUCAGAAAGGAGUGUUCAAGAGGCAUUGGAGCGCGCUUGCUCGGGAAAAACCACAAUUGUAGUUGCACACCGUCUAUCAACAAUAAAAAAUGCCCAUGUCAUUGCUGUGAUAGACGAUGGGAAAGUGGCCGAGCAAGGUUCACAUUCGCACCUUUUGAAAAACUACCCGGAUGGGAUUUAUGCACGAAUGAUACAGUUACAGAGAUUCACACAUGGGCAGGCGCUGGACAUGGCAUCCGGUUCGAGUUCUUCGGCUCGGCCGAGGGAAGAUGAUGUGAGAGAAGGGCAGUGAAGUGAAAAGAAAAGAAAAUACCACUGGAAAAGGAGUGUAGCUCUUAUAUUAUACCCCUUUACUGAUUUUUUGGAUGUCUUGUUCUUCUUCUGUUUUGGUAUAGCAUAGUAUGUGUAUUAUCAUAUAAAAUUACCUUAAUAUAUGUCCCUAUUUUGAUUGAUC